AUGAUCGCUUUGACUCCCGCAGCACAUCGCAGCCUCGUUGUGAGCGAAAUUUUCCGGCUCAUCGCGGGGUCGUUCUGCAAAUGUACGAGAAAACGCGCUCUGGCGUCGCUCGCCCGAACGUGCAAGACGCUUUAUGCCGCGUCUACACCAAAGUUAUGGAAACAUCAAGAUAGCCUCGUACCGCUCUUGCGGCUUCUUCCGCCCGAUACAUGGACAGAGGACAUUCUCCCGAGCGGCGGGAGCGUCUUCAAAAUCACCGUGACAGAUCCCAAACAACUCGAUUGGACGCGGUUCGACUACUAUGCAGAACAUGUACAACACCUCGUCUGGGAAGAGCGACAAGAUGUCUCGCUCCUCGCACUGACUGCGAUUGCCAUGUCCCGCCAUCAUGACAAACGGCGGCUCCUCCCCAAGCUCCGCACACUCGAUUGGCUAGAGCCGCGGGCGACCCACUCCCCCUUUAUCCAUCUCUUCCUUACGCCCACGAUCAGACACUUGGGUCUCAUGGCAUCUGACGUCGAUCCGUCCGUCUCGACAGCGUUGUUCGAGCACUUAGGAGCGGUCUGCAAGAGCAUAGACUCACUCAAGAUCCUUAAGGCCGCCCAAGACGAUGAUAUGCAGGAGUUCACGGGAGUCGUCGGCCAUGCCUUCGCACGUCUCCUCCGUGGCCUGCCAGAAAUCAAGUCCUUCGUGGGCGAGUUGUUCGUGCCGGCGGACUGCGUAGAAGCGUUGGCCUCGCUGUCCAGGCUCCAGGAGGUGGUGUUCUACGUCAAGCAACAAGAGGUGGACAUACUAGCUAAGUCCGCUUCCGCGGUCCGUUUCUCGCGUGACGGACAGUGGUUCGACACUCUCAAAGUCCUGGAGCUCGGUACUGACCGAAUGGACGACUCGGACAGCCUGAAGACCUUCCUGGACGCCAUGCCGAUGGGAAAACUGCGGCGGGUCCUGAUCAAAUCCAGACUACAACCUGACACCGAUACGGUCAAACAGCACCUCGAACUCGUCGCGCGCGCGGCGUCUCGCGACUCCCUGACUAGCCUGCAGCUGGACUUCAACCGCAUGCGCUCCAUGGACAGCUCUUAUCCGGUGCUCGACGUCGGGGAAGCGCUCCGCCCGCUCUACGCCUUCCCACACCUCGACACCCUCAUCGUCCGCGCCCCCGCGCUGGUCGUUCCCGCGAGCGCGCUCCGGGACAUCGCGCAUGCUUGGCGAGAGCUCAAGACCCUCUCGCUUAUGAGCGACCAUCCUCACCCUCGUCGCAACAACUACCCAUGCCUGGCCCUCGAGGACCUCGUCCCGCUCGCGCGCAACUGCGCGCGUCUAGAUACGCUGACGCUGCAUGUCAGUGCAUACGACUUUGUGCUGCCGGAUGCGGCCGCGCUCGCCCACCUGCUGCCUGAGCCGUCGCGCUGCCCGCUACGGGUCUUUACUGCGUGCGAUGCGGCCAUCGAGAACCCAGCUAAGGUGGCAGACGUCCUGGCCCGUUUGUUCCCGGGGCUGCGCGAGGUGGAGUAUGAGGGCGCGGUGCGGUUCGUGGGCGAUGCGCACGUUGCGUACGAGCGCAAGUGGAAGUCCACGCAAGCAUUGCUCACGGCGAGGUUGGACACGUCCGAGCGGUCCUCGCCCACUCACCGGUGCGAAUAG